AAAAGGAACAAGCAGUGAGACUACAUAGAGAGUGGGCGGGACCCCAAAUCCCAGGAGGACGAGAACCCACAUCCACGCGUAGGAGCCUGGGAGCCAGGCUGAAGGUGCGAAUACGUCGGCUGAUAAAUCGGGGGUAUUUUGGAGCAUCUAACCGGGGCGUGAGCUGGUUUAGGGGAAGCGCCAGGCCAGCUUUGGGGUGUCAGAAGAACGAGAUGGAGAAGUUUCAAGCUGCCAUGGUGCUGGGGGGUGUGGGCGACGCACUGGGUUACCGCAAGGGCUGCUGGGAAGGCUCCAGCUCCGGUGUGGAGAUCCAGAAGGAGUUGGCGUCGCUCGGGGGUCUGGGGGCCCUAAGGCUGGACGGCGAAAAGUGGCCCCUGAGCGACAGGACGUUGAUGCACAUGAAAACCGCAGAAGCCCUCGUUACAGACUUCUGGUGUCUCGAUGACCUGUAUCGGGAACUGGUACGCCUGUACGUGGAGGCCAUGGUGUCCCUGCAGGGACGGGCCCCGGACCCCAGUACCAUAGAGGGCUGCUCCCAACUCAAGCCAAACAACUUCCUGCUUGCUUGGCACACACCUUUUAAUGAAAAAGGGUCAGGCUGCGGGGCGGCGGCCAAGGCCAUGUGCGUGGGCAUGAGGUACUGGCAACCGGAGCGGCUGGACAACCUGGUGGAGGUCGCCGUGGAGACAGGGCGCAUGACGCACAACCAUCCCACUGGCUUCCUCGGCUCGUUGUGCACGGCGGUAUUCGCUUCCUACGCCGUACAGGGCAAGCCGCUGGCCCGCUGGGGCCGUGACUUCAUGAAAGCUGUCCCCAAGGCAGAGGAGUACUGCAGGAAGACGAUUCGACACAUGGCCGAGUAUCAGGAGAAGUGGUUCUACUUUGAGGCAAAGUGGCAGUUUUACCUGGAGGAGCGAGGCAUCAAGGAAGAGAACCAGGACAAGCCACAGUUUGCUGACCGCUACGACCCCGAGGAGACGGACAAGGUGUACAAGCGCUGGAGCUCAGAGGGAAGGGCAGGACACCGGGGCCAUGAUGCCCCCAUGAUUGCCUACGAUGCCCUUUUGGCCUCCGGGUCCGACUGGACCGAGCUCUGUAGGAGGGCAAUGUUCCAUGGAGGGGAGGGCGGAGCUACUGGUUCCAUCGCAGGAUGCCUGUACGGACUGCUCUAUGGGCUGAACCAGGUUCCCGUCGGACUGCACCAGAACCUGGAGAAACGGGAGCAGCUAGAAGAGCUGGGGGAAAAGCUGUACAAGGCCGCCGCAGCAGAGAAACAAGUCAUGCAGGCCACCCACACUGACACCAACUUCAGCUUCACAUUGGAAGUACGCGCACUGAAGCGAGUGGUUCAUACCUGGAUGUCUCACCCAAGUAUCAAAGACAUUCUGGUAAAUCUACUAGACUAUCUGGCUCAGUACCCAAACAGGCCCCAGAGGCAAGUGGGAGGGGUGUUUGCAUGGCAUGGCAGUCGACCAGCAGGGGGCAACAGCAGCAGGCAUCUUACAGCUUUCCAGCUUCUACGGGCCAAGUUUCUGAGAGAAAAUCCCCAACCCCAGGUGUCCCAGACCCGAGAGGUGGGGGUACUUGUAUUCCAGGGAUUCCGUGGUCACAAAAUGAAGGAGAGGGUCCCAGGCAGAGGCUAUAGGCUCAGUGGUGCCCCCCAGAGGAUGAUAUGCACUGAGAGACUGGAGGCAGGUUCAGCUCAAAGGGGUGGUAUUGUUCUAAAGAUGGUGGCAAAGUUUUCGACUGUAGAACAGAAGGAGCAUCAAAGGGUGCCACGUAAAAAGAAUAUUUGCAGUAGGACGACCGUGUCGGAGAAAAAGCUGGAGCAGCAGGUAGAAGAUCAAGAUAUGGGGCAAGGAUCAGAUGGUCAGAGAUCAGGGGAGGAAGUAAGACUGGAUGCAAGGGAACCAUUUUGUUCUGAUUCAGUGCUUGAACCUCAGUGUGGACCACAGGACAAAGAGGAUCCUUUGAUACUUGCUACCUGGAUCCCCACGAGCUCGGGAUCUUCUGAGUGUGAGACUCAAGGGUCAUGCUCAUCUCCCACUUCGUCUACUACCCACAUGAAGUUGCCAGCUGGCCCCAGACUACAAGAACCUCCAUCUCGGACAAAUUCUCCCUGCUCCAUAACUACCACAGGAACUGUCCCCUGUCAUCCAAUACCCAUCUGCCAGAGCCCACCUGCCAAGCAGAACCUCCCCAAGUAUGCAUUUCCAAGAGCAUGUGGAUCUGCGGCUCUGGAUCAGGACAGUGCAAGUCGAGAUGUUCAGAUUGAUGACCCUGGAUGCUCAACUCUUCCAGACAAUAUCAAGACCACAUCCUUUUACAAGGGAAAGUUUCUGCCUGCCUCUUCAGACCUCAUAUACACUAAAAAUGAGCCCAAAGCAGACCCAGAGCAAUCUACUACCCUGGAGUCCUCAUUUCCAUCUCUGAUCUCUGAACUUACUCUAAGCCUUAUUCCUCUGGUUUCCGAAUCCUUGGCUCCCAGCACCUCUUCCUCAAGACUGUCCCCUUCAGAGUCCUUUCCUUCACUUGACUGGCCAAUUCAAAGCUUGCAGGAAGUAUCACUUUCAGGGGGGAGCGGGACAGGAGCAGCUGACCUAGUAAGCAAUCAAGAGCCGCAUGGCACUGCGACCACUGCUGACAUUCAGUUGAUCGGCAGCUUUACGACUCAGUUGGAUGCGGGCGUCUCUCAAAUUGGCAGUGAGGCAUUGUGGGAUAGCAAGCCUCCAGAAAGGCACUCAGACUGUCAGGAGAAACUCACCCAGUACCAACAUUCGGAUGUGGACAAGUACAGGACCCGAAAUUACAGCGAUACCUUUGCAAAAACACCUUUCAAGCCAAAAAUCAUCCGUUCCUUCGAUACAUACAUGUUCUAAACCGGGGUGGCCAAUCUUAUCCGCAAAGGGCCGGUGUGUAUGCGGGUUUUCACUGCAACUCCCUAGAGGACUGAUUGACUGAAGAGUCCUGAAGAGUCCGGCCAUUUGCGGAUAAGAUUGGCCACCCCUGUUCUAAACCCUAUGCUAUCUUCUCAUGCACACAAGCACAUGACUGUAGUGUAAUGUAGAUUAAUAUCCUGCAUGUUAAUGCCCAUCAUUCAACUAAACUUACAUUAAAGGGAUGUGUCUCCCUGCACAUGUAAUAAUAAUAAUGAUAAUACAGUGUAUUUAUAUAGCGCCUUUUAAAAAUUCAGAAAUGCACUGGUAAGUUUGACAAAAUGCAAACUUCUGGGGCCAAAGCCAGGGGCUGAGUAACUCAACCUGUCCCCACUGUGGGCCAAGCGUCUUAUUUCUGCUGACACUUGGCAUCUGCUGGGUGAUUUUGGCGUGGAUGCCUCUCUUUAGACCUAAAUGGCAUUACUGUGGAUGUCAUUAUUUUCCCAAAAACCAGAAGCUGUCCGACUUCGAAGGUUGAACUUCUUCUUUUUUACCUGCUUCUGCUAUCUGAAAACAUCCACGGCGAAGUGGUGACCAACCUUUCUCAAAUGGGCAGAAUCUCCCCGACACAAAUUACACAAAAUGUAGCAAGACAGAAAGCCAGAAGUGGCUUAUUAUUGUCACUGAGUGCAACAACAUUUUGAUAACAGCUAUGAAAUGUAUCAUUUAAAAGGACAGAGUUAAUCAAAAUUAAGAUUUUGGAGGAAUCAACUGAUUCCAGAAGAUCUCCGCUUUGGUCACUGCUUUGUGGUGUGUAUGUACCUGCUUUCCUGAUAUUCCCCAGGCAGCCUUGGCUGCCCAUCACCCAAAACUUAAUACUUCAGUGUAAUACUAUAUGCUAUACUAUAGUGAUCGCAAACUGAAAGUCUUCCUAUUUCAUAAUAUCAAGCAUGAGGUAUAAUAAUUAACUUUCAUGCCGAUUCACCACAGCUUAAGGAACGUGGCUAAAUCAGCAAAAGCAGGGCACUGUCUUCACUCGAAAUGCCCCAGCUUGUUGACAUCGUGCAACAUGCCUGAUCUUGUGCUUCUGCAUGUUUUCCUGCAGCUAAAUUAGUAAGAGUAACACUAAAAUAGAGACGGACUUGGUUUCUGGUUUCAAACUGGCUGUGGGUUGUCCAGUGGAAAACAAUGAUGUAUGUUAUGCAUCAAUGCUGACUUCAGAAAUGAAAUGGCUUCUCAUUUUGAAUUGUGGCAAACAAGCAACAAUGGUAGACAGUAUUGCAAGGUUUGAGAAACGCCUUUGUCCCAGAGCCUGAAUUUUCACACUCUACCUUGACGCAAUAGAGCAAUGUUGUGACACUGUCAGGAAGGGUUAUUACUGACACAUCUUAAAAAAAAUAAAAGACAAACAAGCGACUAGAAAAAAGAGCAGAGACUUCAGCUUAGGCUUACAAGAGAACUGCUCCAUUUGGCUAUUCCGACAUAAUGUAUACUCUGGACGCAAUCACAAUGGAAGGCACGCCUUUAAUGAUGUCACUGAAAACAAAUACUUCUCCCACCUGUUCUCUUAAAAAUUUCCCAUCUAUUUCAGUUUCAUUCAUUGCUUCCUGUCGCUAGACGUAUCUGACCAGCACACGAUAUCUUGGCUUCCACAUGUAUACUAUUGGGUAUAUUUUGAAAAACUCCUUCUCUUGCAUGAAACUAUAAAAUGUUUCCGAUUGGCCAGCAUAUGUGGUACUUUACAGUGAAUUUGUUUUCUCACUGAACCAAUACACCUCUGUUCUAUGAAUUCCUCAUUUGCCCCUGUGCUCUCAUGUGAUCUGUUCUGUUUCCCGGUUAUUGUAACCCUAGCUGGCUAGGCCUCGAUAAUUACUGAAAGUGAAUGAACUCUUGAACAACAAUAAAGAACAAUGAACACAUAAA